UCAAUUGAUAGUUAAAAUAAAUCAGAAAGUGGUGGAGAUUGGACCUUUAUUUUUAUUAAUUUCCAUAGUGUAAAUUCAGUAGUGUUGAGUAGCAAACAAUAAAGUUGUAUUAAUUUUUUUAUCAGAAGAGAGAGAGAGAGAGAUAGAGAGAGAGAGAGAGAGAGAUGCUGUACAUAGUGGGAUUGGGAUUGGGUGACGAGAGAGACAUUACUCUUAGAGGCUUAGAGGCAGUGAAGCAAUGCGACAAGGUCUACAUCGAAGCUUAUACUUCUCUUCUCUCUUUCGGUAUCCCUUCAGAUGGCCUUUCUACCCUGGAAAAACUUUAUGGAAGGCCAGUGAUUCUUGCCGAUAGAGAAAUGGUUGAGGAAAAAGCCGAUGAAAUACUCUCAGCUGCUCAUGUUUCUGAUGUGGCUUUCCUUGUAGUUGGCGACCCUUUUGGAGCAACAACUCACACUGAUCCUGUUGUCCGGGCAAAGAAAUUGGGUAUUGUUGUCAAAGUAAUACACAAUGCUUCGGUGUUGAAUGCUAUUGGAAUUUGUGGGUUGCAGCUCUACCGUUAUGGAGAGAUAGUCUCAAUACCAUUCUUUACUGAAACUUGGAAACCAGACAGCUUCUAUGAGAAAAUUCAAAGCAACCAGAAUCUUGGUCUACAUACCCUCUGCUUAUUAAGUGAGAUAUUCGUGUGA